CGUAGGCUGAGAGCGGGCGGAGGCCGCGGGAGCGCCGCAACAUGGCGGCGUCUGGCAGCGGCGGCAGCCGGGCGGACAACGGCUACGGCAGCCAGCACCCGCGGCGGCGGAAGGGCCCGGGCGCCCUGGCCACGGCCUACCUGGUUAUCUACAACGUGGUGAUGACGGCGGGAUGGCUUGUUAUUGCAGUUGGUCUAGUUCGAGCAUACCUGGCGAAAGGUAGCUACCAUAGCCUUUACUAUUCAAUAGAAAAGCCCCUGAAAUUCUUCCAAACUGGAGCUUUGCUUGAGAUUCUGCACUGUGCAUUUGGCAUUGUUCCGUCUUCUGUUGUUCUGACUGCUUUCCAAGUGAUGUCAAGGGUUUUCCUGACGUGGGCAGUAACACAUAGUGUAAAAGAGGUACAAACUGAAGAUAGCGUCCUGUUGUUUGUGGUGGCCUGGACAAUCACUGAGAUAAUCCGCUAUUCUUUUUAUACGUUUAGCUUGUUAAACCAUCUCCCUUAUCUCAUCAAAUGGGCCAGGUACACUUUGUUUAUAGUGUUGUAUCCAAUGGGAGUCUCAGGUGAAUUACUCACAAUAUAUGCUGCAUUACCCUUCGUCCGGCAGUCUGGCUUGUAUUCCAUUAGUUUACCUAACAAGUACAAUUUUUCUUUUGACUACUAUACAUUCCUGAUCCUGGUUAUGAUCUCUUACAUUCCAAUUUUUCCUCAGCUGUAUUUUCAUAUGCUACAUCAGAGGCGAAAGGUGCUCUCCCACACUGAAGAACACAAGAAGUCGGAGUAAUUCCAGCUCUCUUUCAGAACUUUUCAAACAUCAAAAUGCUGCAGAUUUUCAAUACCCAGCACAUUUAUAAAGAAUAUACCAGGAUAAAAUAAGUCAGAGGUAAAAGAACAAUAAUUUAGCAAGAGUAACCAAUAAAUCUGAAUUCACUGAAAUUCCACAAUGUAAAACAUGGAAAUAUUUUUCAGCUUGCAGUGCUUCAGAAAACUUUUAAACUUUAUAUGGCUUGGCAGUUAGCCUUUUCCUUAAAUGAUGUGCUAAAUGGUUUUCAUUUACUACUAAAUGCCUGAAGGUUGCAGUAUGAGUGAUGAAGUUGUACCCAUUAAAUGCUUGAAUUGGGAUUAUAUUACUGAUACCUCUUUUUUUAAGUGCUUGACUGCAUGCCAGAAACUGUAUGUAUUGCUUUGAAAGCAAAGAAUAUGCUCUGGAAUAAUUUAGGAUUUCGAGACUCCAGUGGACAAUGUAAUCUGGGCAAAGUGUUAGAAUUUAGAAAGGUAGGUUGUGCAUUUAAAAGGUGAUGGGAACAAAAACAGGAAACCAAUUAUGGGAAAUGAGGAGAAUGUGAUUCUUCAGGAAUUUAAACGGUAGGGUGUCUGACCAGAGUGUGUUCUCUGAACAUCUUCAAGAUGAUUACUAAAAUGAUCAUGUCAAUUCAGAAGCUAUAAUGCUUAUCUGAAACACUGAAAAUCCUCUAAGUACUGCAUCCCUGGAUACUUUUUUAAAUACUUAAAAAAAAUAAAUAAUAAUACUAACUGUAAUAUUUCUGGUGAUAUCAGUAACAAUUCUGAACAAUAUAAGGAGGCAGUUCACCAGAAACAGGUGCAGUUCUCCCUUUUUUUUUUUUUUUUUUUACUUUAAAUUAUCAUCUCUAAUCACUGUCUCAGUGGUACUCAUCUUUCAGUGUUGAGGACUACUUGUUCUACUGUGGAAUUAUUUGAGGGUCUUGUUCCUCAACCUAACUUUUCUCAAGUGACUUAUGCGUAUCACUCUGGCACAUCCAAGCAGGCAGUUGUAGGCACUCAGCUUCUGAAAUGUUGCAAAGUCAUAAGCUCCUUCUUUGAAAGCAGAUUAUCUCAUGUGUUACAUACUGCUUUUGCAGAUCGGACAAACCUUCCCUCAUCUGCUCUUUUGAAAGAGCAAAAGACCAUAGAAAGUUAAAUUUUCCGAGGUGCUUUCUCUGGGUUCUCGAGAUAAGCCUUCACUUGAGAAGGUAAAACAGAAAAGGAAAGAACUGAGAAAAUUUUGUGGAGAGGUGGAAUGCGCUAAUGCUGUGUCAGCAGUGCCCCAGGUUAUGAACAAACUGUUGACUGGGGGCCGGGGGAGAGGAAUGGAAGGGAGCAGGGAAAUGAACAGAUACCCAAGAAAGGGCAAAAGGAAAUAUAGGUUAUGCUCAUUGCUCUGUUAGGAAUUGAUAGUUGAAUAGUCCUGUCUUCACCCAGUUAGAGCCACUAGGCAAUAACACAAGGGCUUCUCUGGCUUCCCUCUUGUAACCUGAUGAUUUAGUGCAUAAAUGGGCUGUGACCACUACCAUGGUACCUGCAAUAUGAGUCUCAUGCCAGCACCUCCCCCUGGAUGUGGCCCGUAUCUAUGUCCCAGUUGCUUGUUUGAGGCAUCGCAGCUCUCACUGAGCAUAGCCAGUAAGUACUAAGGGCAUGGGCUCUCUGUUCUAGCACGUGGGGAGAGCUGGAUUUACAAUUAUUUUGGCUUAUGUUUGUCAGAGCUGUAUUUUAAAAAAAAAAAAAAAAAAAAAACCAAAAAAACCAAAAAAAAACCCAAACAAACUUUGCAUUCUUCAGUAAUUUCCUUUGGUUCCAUCAAAAAGUGACUGUAUUUUCCUAGCGCUCGUAACAUGUAUAACAUCUUUCCUGUUCAACACAAACAGGACUCUUGUAAGCAGGGAGAGGGUAAGAGACAAUAAUGAUCUUUGCUUCUACUUUAAACCUUUUGGAGGCAGUUGUUGGCUGUAAUCAAAAACGCUGUGGCCAUAUACAACCUCAAAGUGGCUUUGCGUUCAAAGAGCAACAAUUUAAAUUCAUUUCUUCAUUUGGUUACAUGGUGCUUUGUUGUAGUGAUCUGAGAAAUGCUGCAUUAUACUGAACUCAUUCUUCAAAAGUGUAAAGUUCCACCUCUGAACAGAACACCUCCUUUUGCUUAUAUUGGCUAUCAAAGGAGUUAGUGUCAGUACUUCUGAAGGAUGUCAUCUGAAAGAUCACAUUUCCUGAUGUACUCAGGUUACUGGAUAUUAUUGAUGCUGGGCUCCUGAACUUUUCUUGAUUUGAUUUCUGUACCCAAAUGAAAGAUUUGGUUUCAAUUUUGUUUGUCCAAUUUGCAGAAAAGAAAGUGGCUGUGUAAUACUCCUAUAUGAAACAAAUGCAUAACUCUGUUGAUGAGACAGAUGUAGUACAGAUCUGUAUUUGAUAGCAUUGGCACUAUGAAGAAGCAGAUAGAGCUGCCAGUAGGGAGAAGGCUUGUACAACCAACAUCUUUACUGAACAAGCUUUAUUAUGGAAUAUUUACUUUAAUUGAAAAUAUUAGGUUACCACAUAAAUGCAAAUAAACACAGCCUUUUAAAAGAAAACAGAGUUAACUUCCCCUUUAAAAGAAAAAGAAAUUGCUUUGAUAGUAAGGAAUCUUAUCAGCAAAGUUGAUUUUAAAAACUAUAUUCUGAAGUAUGAAUAUGCAGUUAGUAUGUAUAGGAAUUCCAGCACUUCAGCUUACAGUGCUUUUUCAUGCUUAGCUUCCAUGGAAAUCACUGGAAGGUGAUCUUGAGUAAGAACUGUAGUGCAAUGCCCUAAUACUCUCUGGGUUUUUCCCUAAUACUGACUUUGGUCACACAUGUGGGUGUUUUCCUCUUAAAAUAAGAAUAAAAUUCCCCUCAUCUGUCACUGACAUUGUAAUGUGGUUUAUGUGAACUUUAUAAUAGAAGCUUUGAUUAGUACUCUUUGUCACAAAUCUAGAGGGUUGUUUUUUUUUCCCCCCACAAACUAUUUACUUGGCUUGCAUGUUUUCUGUCAGCAUCACCAAACUUCUGCAGCAGACAUGUUUUCUGCUUUGGCAGUCUUUGUGUUGUGUGCGCUGCUUCAGGCAACAAUACUUUAUGUUCUACCAUGCCAGCUUUGUCUGAGUUAGUCAUUACCCUCUAACAGACCAAGGUUCUUACCAGUGUAUAGUUUACAACUGGAAUUGUAGAAAUGUUCAUAUUGUAAAUUACAGUAAGAUGCAGGUUAUGGUGCAGGUAAAUUGUAAUUUUACACAAUGUGAUGUUUCUAUCAAAGCUUUUUUUUAUUUAUCAGUAGAAAGGUUGGCAUUUGUGUGGACCAAUCUGCAGCGUCAUUUUAAAACCUAUCUUUCAGCUCAAGAUUUUCAUGAGUAUACAUCAAAUCAUAUGUUUUGAUGUAUAUUUAUGUCAGUGAAAUUUGGGUGAAAACUAUAUACAGUCAUUUUUGUAUUUUUUCUAUGUUGUGAAGAAUAAAAUUGUAAUUUUAUAAGUCUGAUUCACUAAGAUUAUUAUAAGUUAAAUGUAUUUUUUGUAUAUUUAGGAAUCUGGUAUUACCUGGAGCUCUGAAAGAUUAAGCAUAGCCUUUUUAUGCAUGUUUGGAAGAUAUUUCUACUUGAUAAUGCAGUGAAAUGGUUUGUAUGCUAAAAUACUAGUCCGUGUUGUUGCCUUGUGAAAUUGAUUCUGUGCUCUCUGCCUGGAUUUGGCCUAUUGAUCAAUUAUACUAAUUGCUAUAAUCCAAAUAAAAUAAUUCUGAUCAAAAUAUGUUGUAUUGUUACUGUUUAAGGGACAAAAGCAGAUACUUUUAAAAUGUGAAUUAGGGCUGUAUUUUUAUUCAUUUGUAUAUAAUGUGUGCCUUGCAAUUUACAAGAUUUUUUUGCAUACAUAACUUUUGAGCUCAAACAAAAGAACUAAGCAACUUAAUACUGUUAUGAAUGCUCUGCUUUUUACUUUUAAAAGAGGUAUUCAUAACAACGUGUUAACUAUGUUAACGUUCAAACUUACAGCUUCCUGAAGGAUCCUCAAUAGAACGUGAGCUCUCUGUUCUGUUGUUAUCUGUACUCUAGAUGGUGAUGGUUUUCUACACAAACAAAAUAAUUCGAGUAUUAUAAAUAUAGUGAAAUGCUUAACUAAUGCAACAGAAUACUUCAGAGUUCAUUUACUAAAUAUAAUAUGUCUGCUACCACGGCAAUGUUCUUAGCAUUUUUAACACUUCCUGAGAGAGAUUUAAAUACUGUGUCUACGUGCCAUUAAUGCUUACAAAUAACAAGUUAUAAUCCUCUAAUAGGAACUGAGUAGUAGUUGCAGAGUGAGUACUAUUAUUCUAGGCAUAUGCUUGUCAUAAGAUGGCACAACUACAGUGAUUUUUUUGUUUGAUUACAGAAGGGAUGAAAUAAUGUUGUCAUGCCCAGUAUCACCACAUGUCCUACGCGUGAUAGCUGUGACUUACCACUACUGUGUAAUUAAAACCUUCUCUUUGAAAUGUUAUGCAGUGAAGAGUGGUGCUGAGCUCCAUUUGUGCCUUAGAAUAACUAUUACUGGUUAUUUGUGUUUCUUCUCUGCAUUUUGAAAACAGUGUGUGUGGAAAUAAUUUUAGUUAUGUAGGGUAACAUUAAGAAGCCUGACAAGCAUAAGGAUUCUGUGUUUGUAACCAAAUUAAUUUCACAAUAGUAUAUAAGGCUCAUCUUAAAUAAAGCAUUGGCAGUUCUUGACAUAAAACUUGAGGAAGGAUCUGUGCUGAGUAUAACAUUAAAAGGUGUGAAUAUCCGUGUGUCUCAUUCCAGAGUUAGGAUGGAUUGGUUCAGGCCACCUGACUGCCUGGGACUUCCAUUCAAUAUCAAGUGGCUUUUAAAUUCCACUUCCAAUCUCCUAAAAAAAAAAAAAUACUCUUGCACACUUAGAAGAAGACUUCUAAUAUUGUAGUGAGGGAAUUAAUAAAGCUUCUGUGGUGGUUUCUGAAGGCUACCUUGAAGCAGUUGGAAUUAAAAAUGUGGAUGGAAAAUUUAAAACUCUUUUAAUACUGUUGGUGAUUGAUUUCCAGAAUGAUAUUUUCCUUUAUGCAUGUAAAAGAUCCUAAAGCCUUUUUUAUAUCUUCACAAGUUAGCUGGGCAUUAGUAUUAGGAGCCAACAAGGAGAGGUGGUAUGCUGGACCUUGUUCUCACCAACAAAGAGGGGCUGGUGCGGAAUGUGAAGCUCAAGGGCAGCCUUGGCUGCAGUGACCAUGAAAUGGUGGAGUUCAAGAUUCUCAGGGCAGGAAGGAGGGCACACAGCAAGCUCGCUAUCCUGGACUUCAGGACAGCAGACUUUGGUCUCUUUGGGGAUCUGCUUGGCAGAGUGCCAUGGCAUAAAGCCCUGGAGGGAAGAGGGGCCCAAGAAAGCCAGUUAAUAUUCAAGGGUCACCUCUUCCAGGCUCAGGUGUGAUUGAUCCCAAUGAAGAGGCGGCCUGCAUCAAUGAACGAGGAGCUUCUGGACAAACUCAAACACAAAAAGGAAGUUUACAGAGGAUGGAAGCAAGGACAGGUAGCCUGGGAGGAAUAACAAGAAAUUGUCUUAGCAGCCAGUGAUCAGGUUAGGAAAGCUAAAGUCCAGAUAGGGUUAAAUCUGAUCAGGGAUGUCAAUGAUAAAAGGAAGACUAGGGAAAAUGUGGGCCCUCUCUGGAUGGAAACAGGAGACCUGGUUACCCAGGAUAUGGAGAAGGCUGAGAUCCUCAACAACUUUUUUGCCUCAGUUUACCAGCAGGUAUUCUAGCCACAUGGCCCAAGUUGCAGAAGGCAAAGGCAGGGACUGGGAGAAUGAAGAACUGCCCAGUGUAGGAGAAGAUCAGGUUUGAGACCAUCUGAGGAACCUGAAGGUCCACAAGUCCAUGGGACCUGAUGAGAUUCAUCCGUGGGUCCUGUGAGAACUGGCGGAUGAAGCUGCUAGGCUGCUAUCCAUCAUAUUUGAGAAGCUGCGGCAGUCUGGUGAAGUUCCCACUGGCUGGAAAAGGGAAAAUGUAACCCCCAUUUUUAAAAAGGGGAAAAAUGGAAGACCCAGAGAACUACAGGCCUUGCCUCUGUGCCUGGCAAGAUCAUGGAGCGGUUACUCCUGGAGACUGUGCGAAGGCACGUGGAAAAUAAGGAAGUGAACGGUGACAGCCAACAUGGCAAAUCAUGCCUGACAAAUUUGGUGGCCGCCUACAAUGGCGUUACAGCAUUGGUGGACAACGGAAAAGCAACUGACAUCAUGUACCUGGACUUGUGCAAAGCAUUUGACACUGUCCUGCAUGAUGUCCUUGUCUCUAAAUUGGAAAGACAUGGAUUUGAUGGAUGGACCACUCAGUGGAUAAGGAAUUGGCUGGAUGGCCGCACUCAAAGGAUUGCAGUCAACAGCUCGAUGUCCCAGUGGCGACCAGUGACGUUCCUCAGAGGCUGGUAUUGGGACAGGUGCUGUUUAACAUCUUUGUUGGCGACAUGGACAGUGGGAUUGAGUGCACCCUCAGCAAGUUUGCCAGCGACACCAAGCUGUGUGGUACAGUCAACAUGCUGGAGGGAAGGGAUGCCAUCCCGAGGGACUUGGACAAGCUUGAGAGGUGGGCCCAUGUGAAUCUCAUGAGGUUCAACAAGGCCAAGUGCAAGGUUCUGCAUGUGGGUCGGGGCAGUCCCAAGCACAAAUAGAGGCUGGGUGGAGAAUGGAUUGAGGGCAGCCCUGCUGAGAAGGACUUGGAGCUGUUCAUUGAUGAGAAGCUCAACGUGAGCUGGUAAUGUGCGCUCACAGCCCAGAAAGCCAACUGCAUCCUGGGCUGCCUCAAAAGAAGCAUGGCCAGCAGGUCAAGGGAGGUGAUUCUGCCCCUCUACUCCACUCUGGUGAGACCCUACCUGUAGUACUGCAGCCAGCACUAGGGGCCCAAACACAAGAAGGACAUGGAUCUGUUGGAGUGAGUCCAGAGGAGGGCCACAAAGAUGAUGAGAGGGAUGGAGAACUUCUCCUAUGAAGUUCUGCCCUUCUGCUCUGCUCUGGUGAGACCCCGCCUGGAGUACUGUGUCCAGCUCUGGAGCCUCCAACAUAAGAAGGAAAUGGACCUGUUGGAGUGAGUCCAGUGGAGGGCCACAAAGAUGAUCAGAGGGCUGGAGCACCUCUUCUACAAAGACAGGCUGUGAGAGUUGGGAUUGUUCAGCCUGAGGAAGAGAAGGCUCCAAGGAGACCCUAUAGUAGCCUUCCAGUACCUAAAGGGGGCCUACAGAAAAGGUGGGGAGGGACUCUUUAGCAGGGAGUAGAGCAAUAGGAUGAGGGAUAACGGUUUAAACUGAAAGAGGGUAGAUUUAGAUUAGAUAUUAGGAAGCAAUUCUUUACUGUAAGGGUGGGGGUGAGGGACUGGAACAGGUUGCCCAGAGAAGUUGUGGAUGCCCCAUCCCUGGAAGUGUUUAAAGACAGGUUGGAUGGGGCUUUGACUAACCUGGUCUAGUGGAACUGUGGCAGGGGGAUUGGAACUAGAUGAUCUUUAAAGUCCCUUCUCACCCAAACCAUUCUGAUUCCAUGAUUCUAUUGUCAGAGGUGUUUUUCUCUUCGAUGUGCAGAUACUGAUAAUGUGCUAAUGUUAGGGAAAGAGAUGCUACUGUCAAUAUUAUAUCUUAAUUUUUCUAGUGUUUUAAGAACAUACAUAUUAUUUCAAUGUUCCACUACAAAAGCAUAAUUCACAAUAUUUAGAAACACUUCCAUGUAUAGUUAUACUUGUACAAACUCUGUGUCACAACAAACUGCCUCUCUCUGUAGAUUAAAUUAAUUCUGUACAGUUUGCACAUAGAAAUUUUACAUUACCUGGUACUACAUGAAGAUGUUAUUGGGAAAUUCAUUAGUAGAAGUUUUUCCAGAGGCUUAUCAGACUGAAUUGCAUAUUGUUCUGUCUUUUUGACUCCUGCUUCAGCCAGUCUGCACAACCUUCUGCAGACUAUCUGUAGCUGUCAUUUAGGCACUGUUAAAUAUUACAGUCACCAUAUAUAAAUAUCACUUUCAACAAGUGUGUAUUAAAAACUUUUAAUACUGACAUUUUCUAGUUUGAACACUUGAACUCACAGAAUCCUAUUUGCUGUGUAAUCCACAUUCAGCCUCUUGGGCACUACAGUGGGUUAGUUUUACGCUAAAAACAAUGAUAAUCUGAAGAAUGAAUAUAUAUAUGUAGGCAUUUCAGGUAUCUUUGAAGCUAGUUUUAUGUUGAUGUCAAUUUAAAGGUCAGCCCUUUGUUUCUUCUGCAUCUAGCAUGCCUACAAAAAAUUUCAGUUGUAGAGAGGGUAGAGGAAGUGGAGGGUCUUCCAGUCAGCCUAACACUGGGUUGUUUUUAUGGAAUUUUUAUAAUUCUAUGAUUCUAAAUCAGUUUGCCUCUUAGUUAAAGUUCUGUUGAGGUAAAAUACAAUCUCUUCACUUACUGGCUAAGAAAAAGACUGAGUGCUGGUCUUCUCUGCUAAAUGGCAGUCACUAAAAUGAUGAGAUGGAAGAGAAGAGCUACCAUUGUGCUUCCCAAAGAGCAUUUGGGAGUUGGCAAAACAUGAAAUGUUCUUCCUUUUUUUUUUUUUUGUUUGGUAUCCAGUAGUUGGAUUGGCUUGGUUUUGGUUGGGUUUUUUCG